AUGGCAUCAGGCCACCAGUCGCUCGUAAAGGAAGCAGCUAAGUACGCUGAAGAACUCAACAUCACACUUCAGCUUGAUACCCUAAAUCCCGUGUGUGUUACAACAGAAGGAAAGGUGGUAACUGCAGCAAGAGCUGGGAAUCUGUUGAAGCAAUCUCAAGAGAAGCAGUUCUUGGAGAUCGCUAAAGACAAAAAGUGGCAAGGAAAGUUAUUCCGUAUCAGAUGGGAAGAUGAGAGCCUAAGCAUAACCAGCUGCUUUGCAUGGUUAAAAGGUUGGGCUACAUGCCCUACAUAUACCAUCGCGGGCAUGUAUGAAUUGUAUGAGCAGUUGUUACCUACGAAGGUCUACACAAAGGAGAAGACGCAAACCUCCACCGACGGCGAAGUUCUAUGCAGGUUAUGUGGGAAGGUAGUUGAGAGCGUUGCACAUGUACUGGCUGGAUGUUCCUCCCUGGCACAAACCAAGUACCUAUACAGGCAUAAUGCAGCUUUGAAGAUUCUGUUUUUUGAGCUCCUGGGAGAGCAUGGGUUAAUGGAAGAGGUUCCACCAUGGUACUCACCGGUGAUGCCAAAACCAGCCUACCAGAACACCACGAGUGAGGCGUUUUGGGAUAUUCCCAUUUAGUAUAUACUAAAACAGUGGAUAGUGUUUUUCGCGCGCUCUGAUUGGCUACUCAAUCAGUGAAUAUCCUGCACUAUUCACUGAUUCACCUCCAGUUCCUCGGAGCGAGGGACGCCACACUCGCGUAAGUUGCAAGCAAAAUGCCUUCCCGGUUUGCUGCAGUAAACAAACCAAGAAAUUUCACAACUAAUCAAGCAAGCUGUUUCCGAAAUACACGAAGAAGGAAACAAAGUUCGGAUUGGAAGUUUGAACGGGUAAAGCUUUGUCUUUUUGACACGAAUUUAUCGAUAAAAGCGGUGAAAAAGUUUUUUGAUUACAAAUGCAAAUUAAGUUUAAGUCUUGCGUUACGUUAUUUAGUUGAGUUGUUCAUAAAUAAGCUUAAAACUAAAUUUAAUAAUCUUUUUUUAUAGAAUGAUUUUAAAUACAAAAAGAUUUCACAACUCCUUUUAAAGAAAUUUUCCCGCAAGAGCUAAACAAAUGCCUUCAAAAGUUUUAAUUGUCGGCAAGAAAAAGCGACGGCCGCGGCCGCCCGGUCAUUACGCGCCAAAAUUGUAAUCGUUGGCAACAGUAUUUGAGUUAAAAAUCGUCAUUUGUGUGCUCAAUUAUCUCACUGUUUUAGUAUAUACUAAAACAAUUAUUCACCUCAGUGUCGGUGGCUAGUCGUGGAUAUUUACCUCACUUCUUCGCAGUUCGGUAAAUAUUCAGGACUAGCCACCUCCACUUCGGUGAAUAAUUGUUAUCUAUGCAGAGCACAACGAAGUUAGAGCAAAUCGGAUCGACGCGCGACUUGUCAACCACAAGAGGAAAGAAGUCUGCACAAUUGAAAUGAGCUGCCCAUGGAUUGAGAGUAGAGCUAAGAAAGAUGAGGAGAAGACACUCAAGUAUGGGCCCAUGAUGUGGGAGCUGAAGCAGAGAUACAAUGGGUACAGGGUUGAACAGUACAACGUAAUAAUUGACGUACUGGGGGGUUACUCUAAACACCUAGAGAAGUCGGUGAAGAAGCUACUUGGAGCGAGAGCACGGAGCGUACUUGAGCGGAUGCAGAAGUCGGUCAUCUCAAACACUUUAAACAUUGCCAGAACAUUUAAGAUAAAUACUUAG